AUGGAUUCUAACGCUAACACCUCUCUUAUAACUCUCGAUGGAUACGUGGGUAUAGAACAAUACAGGGCACUUUAUUUCAUCGUCAUGUUUACAGCUUAUGUCAUUGUCAUCUGCAGUAAUGUCACUAUCAUCUGUCUCAUUUGGAUCCACAAAAACCUGCAUGAACCCAUGUACUUUUUCAUUGCUGCUUUGUUGUGUAACUCUGUUCUCUUCAGCUCAGUCACCUACCCAAAAAUGAUGCUUGAAAUUUUGUCUGAAAAGCAGGUUGUGUCUUACUCCAUGUGUCUUUUACAAUAUUUUUUCUUUUAUGCUUUGAUCGGGUCUGAAUUUUUGUUGCUAACUGCGAUGGCAUACGACCGGUACCUGGCUAUCUGUAAACCUCUGCAUUAUUCAGCUACAAUGAAGAAAGCCACAGUAAUCAAACUAAUAGUGUUUGCGUGGGUCAUGCCUUUUUGUCUACUGUCAGUACCAACAAUAGUGAACCGCAAUAAAAAACUUUGCAAUUUAGUUUUUGAAGGCAUAAUAUGUAACAGCACUAUUUAUCGGCUGCACUGUGCUAACGCAGGUUUUUUGAAUAUUUUGGGGUUGCUUGUUUUGAUAAAUCUCUGUUUUUUCCCUGUACUUUUCGAAUGCUUCACGUAUGCAAGGAUAUUUAUAAUCGCGAACAGCAGAGGGGCAGUGGUGAGGAGGAAGGCUGUGCAGACUUGCCUGCCACAUUUACUGGUUUUGAUCAAUCUAACUUGCUCAGCUACGUACGAUGUUCUUUUGGUCAGAAUUCAAACUGUUUUUCCGAAGACAGUGCGGUUAACUAUGACUUUUCAGAUGGUUCUGUAUCACCCACUGUUUCAUCCUAUUAUAUAUGGACUUAAAAUGAAAGAAAUAUCCAAACACCUCAAAAAGCUUUUCCGAAUUGGGAAAAAAGAAUCAACCUAA